UAUUGAAACUGUUCAAAUCGUUUCGAAAAUGGCUGCUAUAAAAGGCAUUAUAUUGCAGUGUGUUUUUCUUGUGGUACUCUUUGCCAAAGUAGAAAGCACAAAACCUGCUUGUUGUGAAGAGAUAAAAGUUUUAUUAAGAAACAAAACAGUCGCAUAUGAAACGGUGUGUUUGGGUAACGAGACCAAACUCUCCAGCAAAUGUUGUCGAGACAUCGAAAAAGACAUCGAGAAACGUCGCUACGCUUACGAAAUGUUGUGUCCACCUGAACCUCAUCCAACACUCGUUGUUCCAACAACGUCUUCAGCUCCUCUUUGUUAUAACGUCCCUCUUGGAGUUGAGAAUGGCAGCAUACCAGAUUUUGCUUUGACGUCAUCGUCUCUUCGAAGUGCCACGCACUUACCACAUUUUGCUCGUCUGAGAAAUCAACUCGGCGACUGCGCAUGGGCACCGGAAAGCAACGCUGGUCAAAACUCAUCGUGGCUUCAAAUCGACAUGGGCAGUCUGGCAAACGUAUCAGCGGUCGCUACCCAGGGAAGUUGCUCUGCUGACGAAUGGACAGAGUCUUACGUCAUCAUGUACAGUGAAAAUGGCGUUGACUGGUCAUUUUAUCGAGAACUUGGUAGAAUUAAGAUAUUCGUUGGUAACAGUGAUCGUAUUAGUGUGGUAACCAAUCGGCUUAGGUCUCCAGUUGUUGCCAGGUUUGUGAGAAUUUCACCCAGAACUUGGCAUAGAAAUGCUGCCUUGCGUGUUGAGCUGUUCAGCUGUCAUGAAUCGAAUCCAACUUGGUCUGUAGUUAAACCACGAAGUUGUUUGGAUCAUGCAAGAAACGGUUUAAAAACCAACGGUUACUACAAUAUUUAUGACGCCAGCUCCAAUCUCAUCACCGUUUACUGUGAUAUGACGUCAGAGGCAGGAAAAGCCUGGACACUAGCCAUGUCCUGGGCUACAAGCAAUAAAGACAUGGCAGAAUUUCAAAUCACAUUUUUAUCUGUGGACGCCCCAGUCGAUGCAGGUUUCCCAAACUGGAACAAAUACCGAAUGAGUUUGGGCAUGAUGAAUGAUCUUAGUGCCCAGUCUACUCAUUGGCGAGCGACCUGCAGCUUCCCAGCCCAUGGCGUUGAUUAUGUUGAUUACGUUAGAGGAAAAUUCCGAGACUUUGACAUUGUGAACUUUAGGCAAUGGAGAGUAUGUAAGAGGGUAGAAUACGUGAAUAUCCGUGGUCAUCAGUGCAGUGAUUGUGACAUGCCGUGGUGGCAAGAUUUGCAAUCAUCCCUUCAUACAGACAGCAGCUAUAAAACUUGUGGUUUUGACCCAACACAGGGCGCAGUUUCUUCAGAAGAUAAUUUUGGUCAUUAUUCCACAGUUAAUCCAAAUUUCCGUUGCACGGCUAACGCAAGCGCCACAACAAACUGGUGGUUCGGCGGUGAUGUCGUGUAA